AUGAAAGUUUUAGUGGUGCUUGCCUGUGUGGCGUUUGUAGUGGCCCGUCCGGAACCGCCGGUCGGUGGGUACCAUCAGCACCACCAGCACCACGGUGGCCACGGUGGUCACGGUGGGUACAACUAUGCCCAGCCCGUCCAGAACGCGGCAUUCGGCCAAACGUUCCAGUCGUCCGGUGCGGCUGUGUCCGCCACUGGCAGUGGCGCGUUCUCCGACGGGCUGGCGGUUGGUGGUGUCAACACCGGGUUCUCCGGUUCCGCGUUCUCCAACGCCAACGCAAACGCCUUCAGCCAAUCUAACACGGCCGCGUUCCUCGCUCCCCAGCAGCAGAUCGUCCAGAAGCACAUCUACGUGCACGUGCCACCGCCGGAGCCGGAACAGUCGUUCCAGCAGCAGGUUGUUGCGCCCGGACUGCGCCAGAAGCACUAUAAGAUCAUCUUCAUCAAGACGCCGCACGUGCAGCCGUCCGCCGCCCAGCUCGCCCUCCAGCAGUCCCAGACGGAGGAGAAGACGAUCGUCUACGUGCUGGUGAAGAAGCCGGAAGCGCUCAACGACAUCAGCCUGCCCGCACCGUCCGUCAGCAAACCGAGCAAGCCGGAGGUGUACUUCAUCAAGUACAAGACCAACACCGAGGAGGUACAGGCCCCGGUCGGUCUUGGCGUCAGCUCGGCCAGCACCGCCCAGGCCGAUGCCGGUCUCGGUCUCGGACUGCUCUCGUCCAGCGGCGGUGCCUCUGCGUCCUCGUCGGGCGUUGCCCAUUCGGGCGUCUCAAAUCUUCCCGCUCAGCAAUACGGCGCACCCGGACACCACCAUGGUGGCUACCAUUAA